AAAGGACGCUACUUUUCUUUUUUUACAUACCUUAUAUUAAAUAUGACCUUUAGAAUCAUUGCAUCCCAACUCAAGAGAGUAGCUAUGCGUCCCGCUUUGUCCUCAUGGACUAAGCCUACAGCAACUAGAUCUUUAAUGACAAGAAGCAACAUGUGGAGUCAUCGUAUUAAUAAUCAUAAAGUUGGCUCAUUAUUAGGCAGCCAACAAGUUCGCACCAUGUUUAUUCAAACGGAACAAACACCCAACAAUGAUUCGCUUAAGUUUAUUCCUGGUGUGCCCGUGUUGGGUAAAGGUUCUGCAGAAUUUUUGGAUGUACGUGCCUCCAUGAAAUCACCCCUCGCCAAGCAGUUGUUUAGUAUUGACGGUGUUGUUGGUGUAUUUUUUGGACCAGACUUUAUUACCAUUUCUAAAAGUGAAGGUACAGAAUGGUCCUUGAUGAAGCCCGAUAUUUAUGCGGCGAUUAUGGAUCAUUUUGCAUCAGGUCAAUCGAUUGUGUACGACGAGGAUGAUUUGGCAGCCAACGAUACAGCCAUCCACCCAGAUGAUUCUGAGGAGGUUCAGAUGAUUAAAGAGUUAUUGGACACACGUAUUCGACCUUCGAUUCAAGAAGAUGGCGGUGAUAUUGAAUAUUGUGGAUUUGAAGAAGGUAUCGUCAAGCUCAAAUUAAAGGGUAGUUGUCGAGGCUGUGAUAGUUCUACCAUUACCCUCAAGAAUGGUAUCGAAAAUAUGCUGAUGCAUUAUAUCCCCGAAGUCCAAGGUGUCGAACAAAUCAUUGAUGAAACCGAGGCCGUGGCACUUCAAGAAUUUGACAAGCUCGAAAAGAAGUUGGGCGAGAAAUAA